CUAUUCACGCUGAUGCGGAAACGCAAUCCAUACAGCGAGAAGCAUCUCACUAACAUUCGUAAGCAGUUUUCGUAUUAACUUACAAAAUGGACGUCAAGAAUAUGCAGUUUUUCUUAAUUGCGUUAGUGACUUUGUGUCUGACAUUCUUACUUCAAAAAACAAGUGCGAUUGAAUGUUUUGAAUGCAACUCAUUAUACCAGGCGCAAUGCAAGGAUUCCCCUGGGUCACUUAUGUCGAAUCCACAAUAUUAUAAAAACUGCUCAUCUGAUAGCUAUAGAUGUAGGAAGAUUCAACAAGAGGUUGACAAGGAUGAAGUUAGAAUUAUACGCCAGUGUGCCAUUAAAAAUCAUACUGAACUCGGUUGUUUCGAGAGAGCGGGUACCUACAAGAUCAAAAUGUUCUACUGCGAGUGCGAAGGUGACGGGUGUAAUUCAGCGCCUCACGUGACAGUUUCCAUAGCAACAGUCAUCAGUUUCGUGACAGGACUUUUAUUGUGCAUGGUUUUAUAGAAAGAACUUUUUUCUGACACUUUAAAUAAGCGUAAGUAAUUGUAGAAUAAAAGGUGCCUCUUUUGAACAAAUGAUUUGUAUGUGUGCAUGCUUCUGAAAAUGGAUUUCCAUUUCAUUUUUAUGAACAUUUGCUGUAAAUCAGUUAUAUUUCGCGGGAAUUUUUUUUUCUUAGAGACAAAGGAAACAAAUAUUUUUGAAAGAUGUCAAACAGAAUUUCCUGUACUAUUGCAACAUUUGAUAUUGAGACAGCAUUGAAUGAAAGUUUAGAAAAAUAAAGUUCUCGCGAAAAAAAAUGUGAUUAACAGUACACAGUACUUAGUGUUUUUUUGAUGCAAAUUAAGCAUAACGGAUUGAUGUCGUAUUUUGAUUCCUUGUAAACUCACAAUUUUGUACAUAUUUCUGCGAUCUUUCGCAAUUUACAUGCUUUGAUGUGGUAACAUAAUUUUGCAUCUAUGUGAAAGAAGUAAUAAAGUUUAUAAUGGACACUUUACAUAAUGAUACGAUUGUACAGCAUUUUAGUUCAAAGAUCAACAAGUGACUAAGAGGUAACUGUUUGAAGAAUACAUACUACAUAUUCACUGUAUUCUCUACAUUACUUUUUGUUUUGCAUAAUCAAAUUUUUUUAUUGUUACAAAUUUUAUGAGUUAUUUAGUUGUUUGUAUAAUGUGUCUACACCAUUUUCACAAAAUUUAUCAAACACGCUAUUGACGCUACCCAUAGGUUAUUAUCCAAUAUCCAUUCCUUUCCUCUUCAAAGGGGGUCGAAAGGGAUAGAAACAAAAAUUUUCAACUUAAAACAAAAAGUAUCAAAUAAGUAAGGUGUCCACCCCUUUCUCUCAUUUAUUUGAUUGCACAAAUAAUUAACACAAUCGCUCUAAUCUUUAACAUUCUUUUAAAAUUGUGUCUUUCAUGUACGAUAGAAAACCACAACUGUUUUCCUAAUGUUUCUUUUAACUUUAUAAUUUUCGGGAUAUACGCAUUUUUACAAAGCAAUUUUGCAUUUGAAAUGUGUUCUUUAAGGAAAUAAAAUGUAUAAUGCAUGUACCAUCGUGUAAAGUAGCUCGAUUUUUAUUCUCAGUCAUUUGUAUAUACUACGUAAAAACAACAAGAAAUCAACAAAUUGUCAUCAUUUUUUCUCAACGUUACAAGCUGCGAUAGGAGGCAACAAAUAAAAUUGUCACAAACAUCAUGUGGUUGUUAGAUUUAUGAUGAGCUGACAUUUAUUUUAAUUUUUAAAAGAAUUAUUCGUCAAGAAUAUGAUUUAAAAGCAAUGCAAAACACGAAGGUCUUCUGUAGAAUUCACUUUGUAUAUUUCAAAAAUAGUGUUUUUAUAAGAUUAGUGCACCUUUUUUGCAAUAAAUAAUGACUGGUUUUGA